AUGGGCAUGAGUAGCUUGAAAUUACUGAAGUAUAUCCUGUUUUCUUUCAACUUGUUCUUUUGGUUUUGUGGUUGCUGCAUUUUGGGAUUUGGGAUCUACCUUUUGAUCCACAACAAUUUCGGAGUACUGUUCCAUAAGCUCCCUUCCCUCACACUGGGCAAUGUGCUCAUCAUCGUGGGAAUCAUUAUCAUGGUGGUCGCCUUCAUGGGCUGCACAGGUUCCAUCAAGGAAAACAAGUGCCUUCUUAUGUCGUUCUUUGCCUUGCUGCUGAUUAUCCUUCUUGCUGAGGUGACCUUGGCCAUCCUGCUCUUCAUGUAUGAACAGAAGCUGAGUGUGUAUGUGGCUGAGGGCCUGACUGACAGCAUCCACCACUACUACUCGGACAACAGUACCAAGAUGGCAUGGGACUCCAUCCAGUCAUUUCUGCAAUGUUGUGGUGUAAAUGGCACAAGUGAUUGGACCAACAAACCACCAGCAUCUUGCCCCUCAAAAGCAGAAACUAAGGGUUGUUAUAUGAAGGCAAAACUAUGGUUUCACUCCAAUUUCCUGUAUAUUGGAAUCAUCACUAUCUGUAUAUGUGUGAUCCAGGUAUUGGGGAUGUCCUUUGCACUGACCCUGAACUGCCAGAUUGAUAAAACCAGCCAGGUCCUAGGACUCUGA